AUGGAUAUUCCAGGCGAGAUCGCGUUCAGGACCGAAAUCGCCGCAGUUCCCGGAGUGAACAUCAUCGGAGCUGUAAACAAUGCCGCUGGGCGCGAGGCUGAGGGUGGCGUCGCCUUGAUGCUGGCGCUGGCGGCACGAAGUCAGGUGGAGAACGUCUUGCAGUCCUGGCUGGGUGGAGAACGUCAGUUGGAUCGGGACAGUUGCAUCACGAUCCUUCAGGCCGUCAGCUUGACCUUGCCGGAGGCCAAUGACUUUGGUGCAGAGCGCUCACAGAUCAGUUUGAAGGACUUCUUAGACAUCUUUUUCCCUCGUCAGGAACCUCUCGAUAUGGCGACCCCGAGUGCUGCUGAAAACGGCGAGGUAGUGACUUCGCUGGAUGAUAGCUUGCAGGACAAGGCGAGCGGAGAGCGAUUAGGCAUUGUUCUCAAGAAAGAGGAGUGGGACGACCACCGACCUUUUCGAGUGAAGGACAUCAAGGACGGAUUGGUCCAGAAGUGGAACUUGAAGCACCCGGAUAAGGCGGUGAGGCUGGGAGAUUGGAUCGUGGAAGUGAACGGCCUUCGGGAUGUGGAACAGAUUACGAUGGAGUGCCAGAGAGACCAGGACGGCACGGCGAACGGCGGCGGUUGGGCGACCAGUGCUCCGCAGGGCGAGGAUGAAGCUUUGGUGGACGAGAGCCUUCAGGCUGAGGAAAGCCACGAGGUGGAAGAGGUUCAUCGGCACGGUGCUCACGUCACACUUUACAUCACGCUCAAGGAUCAGCCUGCAGUGACGGCUGAUACAGCUGAUAUUGCAUACCAUGGACACAUUCGAGAAGACCCUGAUGCAGAAGAGGGCACUUGCUACUGCAAAGCCAUCUAUGGAGAGCGAGGUUGGAAGGAGUUUGGCUACCUCAAGGUUCUAAGGUGCCCUUACACGAAGGAAAAGAUGCUGAAGGAGCAGGAGAAAGCAGCAGCAAUGGGUAUAGUUGUUGUUGGAGAAGAUGCUAGUCCAGAAGAACGGAAGAAGGCUGAACAAGAAGCUGAGCAGAAGUACGAGGAGAAUCAGAGAAGAGCACCUUGGGGUUGUUUAUGGUUUAAAGUUUGGAUGGGCAAUGGUACCUACGCCACCGAGAAGAAGCAGAAACUGCAGGUGGUGUACUUUGCAGGGCAGAGAGGCGAGGGCAAGGUGGAGUGGGAACAACUGCCCACUGCCGAUCUGUGGGACGGACAUGGUCUGGGUGGGUCUCAAAAAGCUGAAGUGGCCUACCUGGACAAGAUGAGGCAGAAGGAUCCAGCAUGGGAUUAUGAAGAAAUCGAUGUGGCUCGGUUCUUGCAGAGUGAGUUUCAGCUUGGAAAAGACGUUGAUGCCUUUGACCACGAGAGAUGCCAGUGGCGCAGAGGGUGGUUGGUGCAAGUUCCUGACAUGAGCGAAAACGACGAGCUCACAUGGAUGGUCCAGUGCCAUGAAGAGCAGCAGAGAUUUAAGUCUGCACAUGUGCGUCACACCACAGAUCCGAUCCACAAACUAGUGACCAGUGUGGCAGAGCAGCGAUUCUUGCAGGGCAUUCUGAAGCAAGCCUUGCCUGGGAAUGUGCGCGUUGUGUUGGUCUCUGAAACGAGGCUGCUCAACGGAGAUGCUGCUCUGGCAGUGGACGUUCAUGUGCCACAUGUCAAGGCCAUCCAUGUACUUCGAGACCAGGUCCUGGCCGGUGACUCUGAAGCGUGGCUCAAUUGGUCUCUGUCAAAUGUGCACGGUGGCCAAUUCCAAGUGCAAGUGGACAAGACCGAAUUCUUUAAGCACUACGAGAAGAGCCUGCUGACCCUUUCAGAAUUGACCUCGCAUCAAAAAGCCAAGCUGGCCCAACUGCACAGGUUGGAGAGUAAAGAGGUGCAUCUAUCGGCUCCCGCAGGCGCAGGUAAGACUUUUGUCGCGGUGCAAUUCGCGCUGGACAAAGUGUAUGAAGACGAAUCUCAAGAGCCGAUCCUCUACGUUGCUCCUCGACCUUGCUUGGGACUGCAUUUUGUUCAGUGGUUGAUUGCAAGACAUGAAUCGUUGGAAGCCCAAGGUGGGCUUGAGAUGAAGAUUGAGGAUUUGCUUGCCAGGAUCGUGCUGAUGCACAGACCAUACGAGGAGUAUGUCAAGUUAGUUCUACAAGGAAAUUGUUUGAUCGAGAAUAGACUUGAUGCCGCUCCAGACUUUGCACUGGCCAUCUUUGACGAGGCACAUGAGCUCUUCACAUCAGAUAGGAUGAGCAUGAUUUACAAAGAUGUGCGCGCUGGUCAGAAGCUGCUACUGUCCGACAUCUCUCAAUCUGCUGCUUUGCAUCCUUCUUUCCCCAAGACCCAACACACCAUGAGCCUUCAAGAAGUGGUGAGGAGCACCAAGCGCAUCGUUGCAGCUGCGCUAGCAUUCGAAGUGGAACACGAUGAAGGUGUGACCACCAGCUGCUGCGGAACCAACGGCCCACCCCUCAAAACCUUCAUGUUUGAGGCGGCUGAUCGGUCGGAGGACGGUCGGCUGCUUGCGCAAUACAGUCGGUCCACCAUCCGAGCGAUGUGUCAUGUUCUCCGCACGUACCCCUGCUUGAGAAGCUGGCACCGGCGGAUCGCCAUCAUUGUGCCACAUGAGGAGUUCCGUGAGAAGUUCAAGCCGAUGCUUCAAGAGGAACUCCAUUCGACCUUCACGGCCCAUUCGAGACUUCAGCUGAAAUCCUUUGAGGAAUCCUUGCGCUACUUACAGUCGAACAACGGAAGACCCACAGAGGAUGAAGUCCUGGUUUUGGAUACGAUUGAAGAAGCACGCGGACAAGAGAUGAUGAUUGUGAUUUGCGUUGGCCUGGAUGAGGAAAUUCAUGCUAGGGCUGAUACUCUUUUGACUCGGGCCCGGAUCUACCAAGGUAUCACCAGAGCACAGCUCAUGGCUAUCGUCGUAGACAAGCUCGUAGAAGGAGGAUGGCUUCAAUUUCUUGCUACCCUCAAGUUCAACAACCAGGAGUUCAAGCAAAAGUUGGCUUUUGGUGAGGAUCAAGAAGACGAGCAAUUUGAGACAUCCGUGUGGGAUACCGACAGCAAUGAGAUCAGCGACGUGCAGCAUGCGUCACGCCUUUGUUUCAGCGUUGUCGACGUGGCAAGACGCACGGAACGAGCGAUGUUUCACAGCGUCUUGAGCAGCAUCUUGGUCCUGCUAGGACACGGUAUAUGGGAGAACAGCCAAGAUUCCUAUGAGGGGCAGUGGAAGGCCGAUCUGCAGCACGGCCACGGGCGUCAAAUGUGGAACGAUGGACGUGUCUACGAAGGACGCAACGGAGGGUCGCCGCUGGCGCCGCUCGGGAAAGAGGGGAAAGCUGCUUUUGAGGCCUCGAGCCCUCCUGUGGUGAACUCAGCGGUGGAGGCCAAGGCCUCGCGGCGGGGCUGUUGCAGCAAAGGCCCAAGAGGGGCCGUGGCGGAUUCGGAUGAACUCUUCCAGCUCAUCAAAGAUAUUGACUGGUCGCAGAAGAAGCCCGUGCUCACACGGGAGGUGACCAUUGGGCAAGAUCGAUGGGAGCGCGGCAGCAUCUUGAUGAGCGUGGGCGACCCGGGUGGACCGCAGGAGAUUCGCCUGCGAGGAGGACGGAACCGAGAGAUCAUGAAGAAGGCCCUUCAGGAAUGCCUCGAUGCAGACCGACCGGUGUGGGUCGGUUUGAAGCGCUUCCGCGUGGGCAUGCCCUGGUGUGUGGUGCUCCGCUGUCCCUGCCUGGUCAUCUCCGUGACCUUGGUGGGCGUCCUGAGCCUCAUCGGGAUCAGUGUGACAUCGGCAUCCAUCUUCCUCAACACGAACUUCGACUCCUUCAUGGACUCGGACAGUGCCGCGUCCCUGAACUUUAAGUCCAUCCUACAGGCCAUCCUGGAUGCCCGUGAAGAGCGCGCCGGUCGGCGGCUCUCCAGUGGAGGACCUACAGUGAUGGCUUCAGGGCUGGUCUUAGAGGAUGGCACUCCUGCGGUUCGAAGACUCCAGUCCGGCUUGAGAUUGUACAAAACCUAUACCUUUCAGCUCACCUAUGCUCGCAGAAACGGUGGCAACAUGAUGAGUGAAGGAGAUUUCGCGUUCAUCAGGAGUGUCGAGGCAGCGGUCAAGUCUUUGCCGGACUUUCGACUACUUUGUGACACGUCGGAGCCGAAGUUCUUGAAUCACUGCAAUCCUGGGAUCUCAAUGGCCAAUUUCGUGUUCCCUUUCCAAGUGCCUGACGGCGCGGACGCGCGACUCUACCUCAACGGCAGCGGCACGAGCGCGGUGCCUUUGGCGGUGGCCGUGGCCCUCGCUCGAGAGGAGGGGCUCACGGACGUCGUGUGGCCCGAGGAGGUCGGCAGCGAGGUGCAAAUCGUGGGUGUGAGAGCUUGUGGCGAUGUGAUUUCCAACUGCGCGACGUGGAAGGAUCAAUGUCUUCAAGGUGCAGAGCAUCAGGCCUACAUGCAGGACUUCUGCAAAGCUACCUGUGGCAUUUGUGACAAAGCGGUGCCGGAGGCCGAAGUGUCAGCCGCAGUGGCUGAGGAGGUCAAUGCCAUGAGAUCCUACUUCACACUGCAAGCGUUUUGCUGCACUUCAGGCCAAAGCGGUCAAGGCGCAAGAGUGCAGGAGAUGGACAGCACUUGGAAUCGCUUUGUGGCUGAUUUGGUCACCCUGGUGAACGAGAAGAACCAAUUGGGACAAGUUCGAGUGUUCUAUCAGGGCAAUGGUAUCGACACCUUCGAGAGCUUGGCAGCGGUCGCCAGUGAUAUCAAGUUUGCCAUCAUGUCCUAUUCUUUUGUGCUGAUCUAUGCCACCUUGCACACGCGAAGCCCUUUCCUGGCCAUGGUGGGACUGUUCCUCGUGAUGUUAUCCAUCCCCGCGGCUUUGGCAAUUUUCAUUCUCACCAGCGGUAGCGGAGAGAUCUCGUUGAUGAUGUGUCUCUCGGUCUUCAUUGUCGUGGGUGUGGGCUCCGACAUGCUCUUUGUCUACACGGACUUCUACAAGCAAUCCUUGAAGUUCUCCAGAGAGCCAGUCGACAGGCUGAAAUUCACAUACCUCCAGGCGGCCUCUUCCACCGCUGCCACCACCUUUACCACGGCCAUGUCGUUCUUCGCCAACUUGGCCUCGGUCUUGCGACCUCUCAGAGAAUUCGGCUUCUUCAUGGGCAUUUGUGUCACACUAGCGUGGCUGAUCGUUUUCCUCGCCUAUCCAUCCACGUUGGUUCUUGGUGAGCGUUUGCACACUUGCUGCAGGCGAUGCAUUUUAGCACAAGCGAAGCCGGCUCCGCGGCGUGUGUCGGUAGCUCGUUCAGCCCAGCGCAAGAGCAUGGUGAUGUUGGCUGAAGCCUUGGAUCCGGAGAAGAAAGGCGUGGGAGCGGCUCAAGGCAGCUGCUUGGGCGACUACAUGGCCACGUUCAUCGAAAGGUUCAAAUAUCCACUGGUGUUGAUCUUCUUGAUCAUCACGGCCAUUCAAGGCUAUUUGGCCGUGUCCAACAUGACACAAGCCACUGGAAUUCCUCAGACCUUCCCCGACUGGCACAACCAGGAGGCAGGCAAGGAAUACAAUGGCCUUUUUGGCUCCUUCGAAUGGCGCAAGAUCACAGUGGAUACUUAUCCAAGCUAUGCAUUGAAAUGUGCAAAUCUCUUUCGCUCCUGCCAAUUCCACCGCUGUGAAACACACGGUCAACGCCUCGGCAAUCUCUCGAGUUGCAAAUGCGUCCCGCACUUGUCCGCUGAACCUUCUGCCAAUGACGGCUGUGGUCACUAUCGUGUCAAGAGUCGCGUGGUGGGGCGAGAUGGCCUGGAGACCGGGCACUUCCUUCUGGAGGAUUUGGAAGCUUCACUGCGCAGUCGAUUUCCCAACAGGGAGCUGCAAUUCAUCGGAUCCAGUAUCAAGUCAUCGGUGCUGGAAACCUACCACUGGGACAGUGGCGAGGAAGAUUUGCGCGUGAUGCUCCAGGUGCCAGAUGCGAGGCUGUUGGGCAACGGAAGCGGCACAUGCGUCCUCCAAGAGAUUUGCUACUGCGGUGUGCAGCCCUGUGAGGGAUCUAGCGCAGGAGUCUCUUCCAACCACCUUCGCUUGGACGGCGCUAGUAGCGCCGUCGCACGCCGGUUGGCAACCACGACCACGCCCGAGCCGUUGCUGCCGCCGGAAGUGCGGGCAGACGUCUUGGUGGUCUUCGGCCUGGUGGUUACCGGGAGUAAUCGCCUCAUUGGAGUCUCCACUGAACAGCCUUAUGGAUUUUCCACGGAUUUUCGCCCUGAAGAUCCCUGGGCGCAGCGGCAAAGUUUGAGUCUUUGCACCAACCAUCCAGAGGAGCUGAAGAUCAUCAGCAUGCAUUGCUGGUUGGUGGGUUUUCGAGAUUGGUGGGUGAACAUGCGCAACGAAGAGUGGCCCGUCCGCCUCAGCAAGAACUUCCAUGGUGAAGCUUGGUGGUACGCCAACAACAUGAGGACGGGCAACCUCGAAACAUCAAGCUUCCUGUGGUUCGAAGACGAGAAGCUCAUUGCCAUGUACUUCCAGUGCUUCCUCAAUGUGAAUCGCUUGGCGGGUUCCUCGGUGGGAUUGGAGGCCAUGCAGAACUGGGAUCGCUUCAUGGCAGCUUUCAACAGCCAAGCGGACGCAUCCAUUAAGGGCGCUUGGCACGCUUCCAAGCUCUGGAGCGUGAGUGAAGCAGAGAAGGUGAUUUUGGACAGCACGUUGAUCACGCUUUGCAUCUCCUUGGGUUGCGUGUUUCUGGGAGUGCUGGUCUUCACACGAAGCACGCACCUGGCCAUCAUCGUGAUGACCAUCGUGCUGACCAUCGUUGUGGGUUUGCUCUUCUUCAUGGUCAUUAUCAUGGGUUGGGCGAUCGGUGCCAUCGAAGUCCUGUCCCUGAUCGUCUUUGUGGGUUUUGCGGUGGAUUAUUGUCUCCAUUUGUCCCACAAAUACCACUCCUGCCACAUCACCGAUGUCGAGGAGAAGGAAGAAGAGGAGGUGGAAGAGGAAGAGGUCCAAGACCACGAAACCAUGGCACAACGCUUUGGCAGGAAGAGUAUCAUGGCUGCCGCGGUGGGGAAGACGGGGCGCCGCGUGAGCAUGAAGGUGUCGGAUGCUCCAGCAGCAAAGGCCACCUGCGAGAAGAACAAGAAAGUCUUGUCGAAGAAUCGGAGUGCUGAACGCUUCGAGCGCUCGAGAUAUGCUUUAGAGCGGAUUGGUGGCUCCAUUGUUGGCUCUGCACUCACCACCAUUGGCUGUGCAUGUUUCCUGCUGCCCUGCACGAUGCACAUCUUCUUCAAGCUUGGUGCCGUGGUCUGUGGCGUGACGAUCUAUGCCGUGAUCUUCUCAUUGAUUCCUUUGCCGGCUGUUCUCAUGUGCUUUGGACCAUGCGGUCACGACUUUCGAUCCAUCCUCGAGCUUUUGGGGCGCGCAGCGAACACCAUCAUGCCGGAAGAUGAAGAGGAGGAAGAGGAGGAGGAGCCAAUGCAAGCAGUGGCACCGGAGGUCCAGGAACGGCGCUACGUGCUGAACAUGCCAAGUAAGGGGAUGGGACAGUUUGGAGACACCUCGCAGUUUCAACCAACUCGUAGCAGAAUUGAGAUUCAUGGUUGA